AGAACGCGACCGACCAAGGAGCCACAGCUGUGUGUUUUCAUCAUCCUUUUCGGAAUAUUUCUGAUUUUACUUUCAAUUUGAACUGGUUUCUUAUCUAGUUCUGGAUAAAUACUGUUCAACUACACACGGUUAUCUACGAACUUCACUCCUGAUAGUUUUCUUUACUAAAAUCGAUCAGAUUAAGUGAUUCUCGUUGCACUUCCGGGUUGCUAGCUUGCUAACUAGCUUGUCCUAUAUACUAGGCUGGUGGAGAUGGACUCUGCACAUGUCGGAGUGGUCAGAGAGUCAAUGACCAACAAUCCCCUUAUCAAGAAGCCUAAACUUGGGAAGACCAAAUCCAGAGGAAUGUCCUAUCCAGGACCAGAUUUUGUUUACGGUGCAGUGACCACCAUCCGAGACGGUGGAGCGGCAGAGGCCCUUUCCAGCUGGUACACUCCUUCACCAUCCUCCUCCAGCUCUACGCAAUACAGGAAGUUAGAGCAGGACUUUGUGGCGCUGAACCGUGAAGGUGUAAAGUCCGGCCUGGUCACGGCCAAAGAGCUGCAGCAGUAUCGCGCCACUCAUAAUAUCAGACGCUCAGUCGCUUGUAAAAGCUUCAAAUCUACUCCAGUCCGAAUACCACAGGAUGUCACGUUCGGCGUUCCGACACGGCCUUCAACUCCGAUCGCGUCGCUGUUGGAGUACAGGUACGGACGCAAAUGGCUGGAGGAGCAACAGGCCAAAGACCGAGCGCUGCUGGAGCACCAGAAUAAGAAGAGUCAGCUUGCAAGAAUCCAGGACACCCGUACCACCCUCCUCCGCAAGAGUCGCCCCAUGGAGAAACCACCUUCCAUGUGGAAACUGCCCCGCUUCGAGCAGAUUGGACCAGCUCUGGACACCUUCCGAGAUCCCGAAGCACGAAACAAGGCCAUGGCUGCACACUACAUGGACGCCGUAGCCAGACGAGGGCUGCUAGGACAGGGCACUUACACUGUGGACUGAGACGCCAAUUAUUAUCCAUAUAAUCUCCCAGUUUAUCCUUCAGAUCAGUUUUUUUUUUUUGUCUAACAGUCUGGACAUGGAGACAGUGUUGGUGAUUUCAGCUCGUAUUGUCAAUAUUGAUGAGGGUGAUGUGAGAAUUUGGUCCUGAGUCAAUACCACAGUUGUUAGUGCAUCAUUUAUAAGGACAAUAAAUCAUUGCUUAAACUGUU